GCAGCGCCUCCCGGAGCGGCGUGUGGGGCCGCCGCGGGGCCGGGCGCCCGCAGUGGGGGGACGGGCGGGCGGCGAGGCGGGGGGGCGCCGCCGCCGCUGCUGACAGGAGCAGGAUAGUGAGCUCUCACCUCUGAGACCAGUGGGCAGCCUCUGCCACGCAGCCUUACCUAGCACGAUGUCAGGCCACCACACUCCCUCUGCUGGGGGUCCCUUCUCGGCGCUCACCCCCAGCAUUUGGCCGCAGGAGAUCCUGGCAAAAUACACACAGAAAGAAGAGGCCAUCGAGCAGCCCGAGUUCAAGUAUGACGAAUUCGGUUUCCGAGUUGAUAAGGAAGACGGUGCUGAGACCAACUCCAGCAAGCUCCUGGGGCUCCCGCUGACGGAGGAGCCGCAGCAGAGGCUCAAGUGGCAGGCUCACCUGGAGUUCACGCACAACCACGACGUGGGCGACCUCACCUGGGACAAAAUCGAGGUCACCCUGCCGCGUUCAGACAAGCUGCGCUCGCUGGUGCUGGCCGGCAUCCCGCACAGCAUGAGGCCACAGCUGUGGAUGCGCCUUUCUGGGGCCUUGCAGAAGAAGAGGAAUUCCGAGAUGUCGUAUCGGGAUAUCGUGAAAAACAGCUCUAACGAUGAGACCAUUGCUGCCAAACAGAUUGAGAAGGACUUGCUCCGCACGAUGCCCAGCAACGCCUGCUUCUCCAACAUGAACAGCAUCGGGGUGCCACGGCUACGCAGGAUCCUACGGGGGCUUGCCUGGCUCUACCCAGAGAUUGGCUACUGCCAAGGCACCGGCAUGGUGGCUGCCUCUCUGCUGCUCUUUCUGGAAGAAGAAGAUGCCUUCUGGAUGAUGUGCGCUAUCAUUGAAGAGCUGGUUCCUGCCUCCUACUUCAGCACCACCCUGAUGGGUGUGCAGACAGACCAGCGCGUCCUGCGGCAGCUCAUCGUGCAGUACUUGCCCCGCCUGGACAAGCUGCUCCAGGAGCACGACAUCGAGCUGUCCCUCAUCACCUUGCACUGGUUCCUCACCUCUUUCGCUAGCGUCGUCCACAUCAAGCUGCUGCUGCGCAUUUGGGACCUCUUCUUCUACCAGGGCUCCCUGGUGCUGUUCCAGCUCACGCUGGGCAUGCUCAGCAUGAAGGAGGAUGAGCUGAUCCAGUCCGAGAACUCUGCCUCGAUCUUCAACACGCUGUCGGACAUCCCCAGCCAGAUCGAGGACGCCGACGUGCUGCUGCGGGAGGCCAUGCGCGUGGCGGGCUCGCUGACGGACGUGGCGGUGGAGACCCAGCGUCGCAAACACCUGGCCUACCUCAUUGCCGACCAAGGGCAGCUGCUCAACUCCAGCACCGCUGUCAACAAUUUGUCCAAAAUCGUGCGGCGCAGGACUCAGCGCAGGAAAUCUGGCAUUACCUCUCUGCUGUUCGGGGACGACGACCUGGAGGCCCUGAAAGCCAAGAACAUCAAGCAGACGGAGCUGGUGGCUGACCUCCGCGAGGCCAUCCUGCAGGUGGCCCGGCACUUCCAGUGCGUGGAUCCCAAGAACUGCAGCAUUGACCUGACCCCGGACUACAGCAUGGAGAGCCACCAGCGGGACCACGAGAACUACGUGGCCUGCUCCCGCAACCGCCGGCGCCGCGCCAAGGCCCUGCUGGACUUCGAGCGCCACGACGACGACGAGCUGGGCUUCCGCAAGAACGAUAUCAUCACGAUCAUUUCCCAGAAGGAUGAGCACUGUUGGGUGGGAGAGCUGAAUGGACUGAGAGGUUGGUUUCCUGCAAAAUUUGUGGAGAUCUUGGAUGAGAGGAGCAAAGAGUACUCCAUUGCUGGCGACGACUCGGUGACGGAAGGGGUGACGGACCUGGUGCGAGGCACGCUGUGUCCAGCCCUCAAGUCCAUAUUUGAGCACGGACUGAAGAAGCCGUCCCUGCUGGGGGGCGCCUGCCACCCCUGGCUGUUCAUCGAAGAGGCUGCGAGCAGGGAAGUGGAAAGGGAUUUUGACUCGGUGUAUUCUCGCCUGGUGCUUUGCAAGACGUACAGGCUCGAUGAAGACGGCAAAGUCCUCACCCCAGAGGAGCUGCUUUACCGGGCAGUUCAGGCUGUGAACAUGACGCACGACGCCGCACACGCACAGAUGGACGUGAAGCUUCGCUCCCUCAUCUGUGUGGGACUCAACGAGCAGGUGCUACAUUUGUGGCUGGAGGUGCUGUGCUCGAGCCUGCAGACCGUGGAGAAGUGGUUCCAUCCCUGGUCCUUCCUGCGCAGCCCCGGCUGGGUGCAGAUCAAGUGUGAGCUGAGGGUCCUCUGCAAAUUCGCCUUCAGCCUGUCUCAGGACUGGGAGCUGCCCAUAAAGAGGGAGGAGAAGGAGAAGAAGCCGCUGAAGGAAGGGGUGCAGGACAUGCUGGUGAAGCACCAUCUCUUCAGCUGGGACAUAGACGGGUGACCCACACCCCGCCCCGGCCCGGGGAACCUUCUCAACGGCACACGCUCCUCUCCCCCACCCCGUCCCCUCCCCACGCUUGUACCCGUGACAAAAUCCCCCUCGGGAUGCUGCCAGAGCUGCAGACCCCAGGGCGGCCAUGGCCUCGCGGGGUGGCUUUGGGCUCUGGAAGGUGGAAAUGGGGGGAACGGGGCUGUGGGAGCAGGGCCGGCGCCGCUGCUCUGGACCAGCCAGGGGCUCGCCUCCAACGGGGAGAGGGGAGGCGAAGCCCCAAGCACUUGGAGGGGUUCCCCUGACCUGGGGCCGGGGCAGGGAAGGGGAAUCGGUGUUGGCCUCGUCCCACUGCUUGGCAGCGGGGUGCUGACGAGGUGCCCUAGGGCACCAGCCCGCUACCACCAGAAUGUCUCCUCUGGGAGACAAAAACCAACACUCCCCUAAAGCCCCCGAGUGUUUCAUGCUGUCGUUUUAGUCUCUAGCUGAUUUUUACCGUUAACCAAAAAGCUGUAAAUUAUCUCCAGGCCCGUGUGUAUAUUUUGGCACUGUUGUAGCUCAGGAUGGGGUUCAGGUGGGAGCUGGCUCAGGGAGACUUAACUCGUCCUCCUGGCCCCGCGGUUGGCGGCAGGGCCAGGGCGGGAGGGGAGAAUUGCUGCUUUGUGGUGGUGGCUCUGGAUAUGGAGUCUGUGACUUUCUACUGAAAGCGCUUGUCUGUGAGCACAAAACUACUCGUGAGAUGACACUAGAUUCUUACUGCCCUUUAUUCCGUGGGUUUGUAAAUAAAAACUGCAUCUUGGGAGA